GGAUUUCGCGCAUGCCUUGAUAUUAACUUACCAAUACUCUUCAUUUUAGUAGUUGCAUUUUUACCCAUACCCAGAUCUCAAAAGAGUAAGAUGACAGUCGAACAUCAUUGGUGGGGUAGCAUGGGUGGUCCAGUUCAAAGGGGUAUCGUAACCUAUUCCCUCUCACCCUUUACGCAAAAGGCUUUUGCUGGUGCCCUGAAACAUGGAGUUUUUAAUGUUUAUCGACGUACUGCUACUCAAGCACCAUAUAUCGGAAUUCCUUUUCUCCUUGGAUAUUUGACUUACCACUAUGCGAAGAAACGACAUGAAUAUUUAAAUUCAAAAGCUGGUCACGAAGAAUUACUUUUGUUAUCUUAA